CCCGGUUUUUUGGCCAUAGCUCAGGCGUGAAUCAGUUAUACGUGCUCGCCGCGACGGCACGCGUUCCAGAGUCUCCGCUCGCGCUGCCACUUGCGCUGCCCGCGCCUCAAAGCGUGUGGUAGCAACGAAACAGGCCCUUCGAGCAUUUCAUUGUUGCGGCUGUGAUCGUGCUGCGACGGGCGUGCGAGAGCAUUAGUUCUCUCGCGGCACGGGCCACACGCAGAGCAAAGGAUGCUCCGCGGCAUCAUAGCCAACGACCCGCGGUCGCCGCGGCCGGAGAAGCACGGCAACCCGCGCAAUAAGCCGCGCCGCCUCGCCGCGGCGCUCGCGACCAUACUCGUCAUGGUCCUCGCACCGCACAACACGCAAGUCGACGCGGGGCCGCGGACGAAGCUCGAGGUUACGACCUGCGACGCUCCCACCACGACGCGUAACCGCACGACGAGGCGCGUCGUCGGUACGAAGUGCGCGUCCACCGCCGUCGACGCGGGCGACUGUAUCAGGGACGAAAAGAGGUGGUCCACGCGGUAUAGAUGCCUGCCAUCCUUUGUGAUUGGAGGCGCGCAGAAGUCCGCCACCGGGAGCCUCGCGAAGUGGCUGGAAAACCACCCAUACCUACAGAGAGGUAUUGGUGGUAAGGGGCACCCGGGCGAGGUCCACUACUUCGAUUCUUUCUCCCGCAAUGCCUCCCUGGUGGAUCUCGAAAGGACGUGGCGGUCGUACGCGGAACGCUUCCCCGCUCUGUCAGAAAAUGAUUUAAAAAAGGGCGUUUUGACCUAUGAAAAGUCCCCCAGUUACCUACGGUUCCAGCAAGCGCCUCGAUUACUUGCCUCCCUAUUGCCGUCGUGUGCUUGGAUUCUGAUUUUGAGAAAUCCGGUGGAUCGAGCCUACUCGGCUUUUGCGCAUCACAUCCGGCACGGGCGCUUCGGAGUUGUGGGGGAUCGGGUCCACACGGUUGAACAAAAGGGGUGUCCUGAUCACCGUUUUAAAGUUUGGCGGUUGACGCCGACAAAAUUUGAAGACGCGUGCGUGAAAAACGUCCGUAUAUUGCGGGGCGCGUCGGACCCGGCGAAAUUCGACGCGUACGUGCGAUAUGAUACGGUCGCGUCGCAUCAUGUGGAUAUCGUUGGAGAGAGGUGGAAAGGUGGCGGCCCCCUCGACGUUGUGAGAGAUGGCGCCUACGCGUCGCAAUUUAUGCAGUUAUACGAAUUCGUGGAUCGAAGCCGCGUGCACGUCCUGUUUUUUGAGGAUUUGAUUAAAAAUCCUGCUGGUGUCUUGGACAAGCUCCAAUCAGCCCUCGGGCUGCCCUCGUUUGAGUUCGCGCCGCGCGACCUGGUGGUCACGAAAAGCCGGAGCAGGCCGCCCAUGCUCACUGAAACGCGGGCGUUCCUGAGGGCCUUCUACGCGCCGUCCCUGGUGUCGCUGCGGCGCGUUUUACAAAGGGACCUGCCGGAGGCUUGGAUGUAAUGUUUACAACUCA